AUGCUGACCCAUGAUGACGGAGUCGCCGAUGCUGGUGGGAGCAACAGUGGAAAGAUUCUCACGGUCAAAAGAAGGCUAAAAGUACAUAGAGGUUACAUUUUCUUUAUGACAAUCAGAAUCGUUGGUGGUGAUCGUAGCCUAAAGGUAAAGGCAGCUGAUAUGAAAUUCGGAUGUUCUGCUCCUGUAGUAGCUCCAAGAGUUGUGCUUUCUAAAACGGUGUUUGUCAAAAGCCUUCGCCUUCAGCCUUUACCUCCAAAGAUUUUCUUGAUUGCUCUCAUGUGGAUGGCUUCAGACGUGCCUCCUGGUGUUUGUAGAGAACACACCGUCAAUUUUUCAAGUUCAUGGUUUGUGGCGGUCCAUGCUGUUGUGCCUUUCAUACCUAUGCUCGGAAACUCUGUGCUGAUGCCUAAAGCAGCCAUGGCUAAAACCAUCGGAGCAUCGAUCUUGGGACAGCUCAUUAGUCAAGAGCUGAACAUUACCGUCUCGGAGCAGCAGCUGCGAAUAAAGUUUCUGAAAGUUAACAAGAUCUAUGAUGGUUCAGACGUUGCCAAAGGAAAUUGUGCUGAUGGGGAAGGAGUGACAGAUGGUUAUUAG